AUGUCGCUCAAACAGGAAAUUGAAACUUGGGUUCAGGCUCUGGACGCCUAUGACAACCAAGACUUCGAAGAAGCUCUCCGUUGCUUCGAUGCAAUUGCAGAUACAUCAAAGAUCCUUUUCAAUUGCGGGGUCAUAUAUGCAACUCUCGGCGAACAUGAUAAGGCAGUGGAAUGCUAUCAACGCGCAGUUGGGCUCGACCGAUAUUUCGCAAUCGCUUACUUUCAGCAAGGCGUUUCCAACUUCCUGCUUGGAGAUUUUGAGGAAGCAUUGGUCAAUUUCAAUGAUACCCUGCUGUAUCUGCGAGGAAAUACCUCGAUCGACUAUGAGCAGCUAGGCCUCAAGUUCCGCCUUUACUCGUGCGAAGUGUUGUUCAAUCGUGGACUAUGCUACAUCUACCUACAACAAAUGGGUCCAGGCUUGCAGGAUCUUCAGUAUGCCGCAAAGGAGAAAGUAACGACAGACCACGAUGUGAUUCACGAUGCGAUACGUGAGAAUGCUGAUGGCUACACGGUAUUCUCAAUCCCGGUCGGGGUUCUCUAUCGGCCAAACGCAGCCAAAGUCAAGAAUCUCAAAACCAAGGAUUAUUUAGGCAAAGCCAGACUCAUCGCCGCAUCUGACCGCACCCAGGGAGCAGAGUCCCAGUGGAGACCGCUGGUCAUUGAUCGCGCUGCACUUGAAGACCGAGAGGGAGUAUCUUUUGCGGCCACGAAUCUCGUUCACAAGAAUCUCACCAGCCGCACUCGACAGCAGUCUGAGCCCCCAAUGAACCGUAAUGUGUUCCCACCCACACCGCCACCCGAUGACCGGACAGGAAGCCAGAGCUCAGCCUCUGGGCACGGCAGCGCAUCUUUACACAAUCGUCCAUCGUCUCUAAGGGGCGGCCGACCGCCACGUCUCGAUCUAGAUCGGACGGGUACCAGUCUAGACCGUCGCCCUGGAGGCCGAGCGCAAGUAUCAAUGGAGAAACCCCGGAUUGGAACUACGCGAACAGCAUCAGAGCCGCGCGGGCCGCCGUCACGAAAUAACAUGCGGGGAUUCGCGCAAGAUCCUGCAGUUUGGACUCGCGACCUUCAAGAAGGAGGACAUCGGAGGAAUCUCAGUGACACCACCUAUUCUCCCGCUGGGAGCUACGGAGAUACAGAUCUGUACAAUUCUCCACCACAACGGCACGCCAAUAACCCCAACUGGGGUAGAGGUAACCGACACCAACCACCCCAAUACAUCGACGAGGAAGAAGAGUUUGACAGCGACAUCUGUGACGGAGACGCUCUCAACGACGGAGCCUUCCAUAUUCUCGGUGCCACUCCAGGCGACUCACCGGUAUCCCAACGGAGAACACAAUCUCCCGCGCGAGCCACACGGCGUGCUCCCUCGCGACAGCGACCCGAUGUCAAACGCUUCAGAACGAAAGUCCACGCACCAGAAGAUACACGGUAUAUCAUGGUUGCGUCAGAUAUCACAUUCGCCGAUUUUGAAUCGCGUAUCCGCGAGAAAUUCGGGUUCCGAUGCCCGCUUAAGAUGAAAGUGCAGGAUGAUGGCGACAUGAUCACCAUGGUUGACCAGGAGGACUUGGAUCUGCUGCUGAGCUCGGCCCGAGAGGUCGCUCGGCGGGAGAGGACAGAAAUGGGGAAAUUGGAGAUAUGGGUAGAGGAAAGGGCUAUGAUUUGA